UUGAAGAGAAGUCUGGUGAACAAGUUGUACUUGGUGACCACAUGGGCUCUAUCAGAUGGUAGAGCCCAUGGUGACCAUAAACCAAUACAGAAUAUUAUUACGGAAGUUACAGCUGAACUAACCAAAGUAGAGACUGAGUUGCAGAACGUAUCUCCAAUCUCUCGCUAUUACCUAGAUUUGGAAUGUCCAAACAGACAGGACCCUCUACCCGUGUACAAACAAUUUUCAACACAGCGACCUAGAGUACAUUUGGAACGCAUUCGUGAAGGAGCGAUAAGUGACUUUGACCACACGCACUUCCCCACAUUCCUGAUCAUGAGGUCCAAAAGAAACGCAGAGCUACUCACGGGCCUCUCAUUCGGGGAAAUGGUUAUCAAAAGUCGAAUAAAGGAGAGGCCAUGCCAUUAAAAAAUCUCGCUAGCGUGUUUCGUGCACGAAAUAGACUUUCUGAAUACUUUGGCGCAGUAAGGGAGAGUGAUGAAUUCAAAAACAAUGUUCUUCAUGGCAAUGUUAUUCCGACAUUAUCACGUUGUGUUCACCCUCUUGGACAAUGCUUCUCUUUAUAAAGCGUGUAAGGUAGACAUGGCUACAAAUGCUGCGAAUCACAACGUCGACACCAAUUGCAAUCUUUCAUUACAACCCGAAAGUGGUGAAAGUGAUGAUCCAGCAACGCUCGACGUAAUGGCAACACAUGACCAAAUCGUCCAGCACGUAGACGGCAUUAACCACAAGCGCCAGUCUCAGGAUACAAAGAUCGGACCGAGAUUGAGAAUGCUUCCGACAGAGCGCUUGGUGAAGCCUAAUUUGUAACCUUCAACGAAGCUUUAAACGAAGUCCACACUUAUCCAAAGAGGAAUUCUUCUUAAAAAUGAACACGAUCCUUAUGAACAUUGUGAACAAAUUCUCCAUAUAUGACCGAGUGCAUCGAAUCCAUAAAUAUAUUUAGCGAAUAACCGAGAUAUACGACGAAACUGUAGAUCUAGCAUCUAGUGACAAUGUUCCCAAGUUCUAGGGCGUUCAUAAUUCCCGAGUCACGAUGCUAUUUUGAAAUAUUUAAGAUAACAAAUGUGAAUCAAACAUGAAGGCCCAGAAGGCCUCUAACAUUUCUCACUAUCUAUAUUAUGGACCUUAUCUAUUGUACUUUCAUUAUUUCCAGUUUGAUAUGUUUUUUAUAUUGCCGACAAUGUAGAAAAACGUAGGCAAUAAUAUUGUAGUGUA